AUGGUAUUCACUCACACCAACCUGUAUGAUUUGCUGAACGACUACAACAAUUUGGAUGUGAAGCCAGGCGUAGAAGCGACAAAGAAACUGGGUAAUUUCUUUCAGUCGUUGAAUCUUGAUAUCCACAAAAACGGCAUCUUUGUUCCUAGACUCACUCUGAAAUAUCUCUGGCACACAAAAAGCAAAGACUGCAAGUUUCAGUUAUUCAAAGGGAAUGACGAAUUGUAUCACAAAUACAGAGAUAAUCUGGUUGGUGGACCAAAUAUGCCGUGUGGUGAGCACCAAGUAGUUCAAGUCUAUCCCGAUAUUCUGAAAGAUGUCUUGGAUAACACGUUCUUUGGAAUGAUAGAAUGUGAUAUUGCUGUUCCUGAGCAUUUAAAGGAAUACUUUGCUGGAAUGCCUCUUAUUUUCAAGAAUGUUGAGAUUACAUGCAAUGAUUUAAGCUCUGACACAACGGCACAUGUCAAACCAGAUUACAAAAGUAACAGAUUAGUUGAAAGUAUGUUUGGUGAGACGAUGAUGUUUGCUACUAAACUGCUGAAAUGGUAUCUUGAGCAUGGAUUGGUUGUUUCAAAUAUUACUUUUGCUGUAAGAUAUGAACGUAAAGCACAUUUCAAGUCGUUUUCUGAGCAAGUAUCAAAUGAAAGAAGAGUCCGAGAUACAAGUCCUGGUUAUAAAUUACGUGGAGAAAUGAUGAAAUUGAUGGGAAAUUCAUCUUAUGGUAAAUGUAUCACAGAUUUCUUGAAAUACGAAACAGUCAAGAUUGUUACUGGAGAUAACUACAUCAAAAACAUUAGAAGGAAUAAUUACAUUGAACAUCAAGACCUUAACCAAAGAUGCGAGUUUCGUUUCAAAAAGAUGUCGUUCAAACAAAGUUUACUUAUUCAUAUUAGAUUUCAAGUGUAUCAAUUAGCGAAACUACGAGUGCUUCAAUUUUAUCACGACUCUAUUGAUUAUUCCAUUGACAAAAGUGAUUAUCAGUACUGUAUGAUGGACACUGAUUCAGCUUACAUUGCUAUAUCUGAUGAAUCGUUAGAAGUCAUAAAACCAAGCUUAAAAGAUGAAUUUAAAAAGAAUCGGCAUCUGUGGUUGGAAAGAGACGAUACCAUUGAGAAUAAGGUGUAUGACAGCAGAACACCGGGUCUGUUCAAGUUGGAAUAUGAAGGAAACUGUAUUAUAUCAUUGGCCAGUAAAAUGUACUAUUGUGAUGAAAACAAAUUCAGUUCAAAAGGGAUUAACAAGAAACAAAAUGAAAUUACAAAGCAAAAGUAUGUGGAUGCUUUAAAAGGUAAUUCUACUCAGGAAUUUGUUAACAAUGGAUUCAAAGUCGAGAAUAAUCAGAUGAACACGUAUUCAUUAACCAAGACAGGAAUGAAAUUGCUUAAUGACAAUGGAUUCAUAGUUGGACUCGAGACAUUUCAAACUGAUUUGUAA